CGCUCAUCCAGAUCCAGCACUUUCUCUCCAGCACCUCUUCGUCAUGUUUCCGGGCUCCUCCCUCAUCGCGACCCUCACUCUUGCUAUUGCAGCAGCAGCGGGUCCAUUGAUUCAGGUUCGCGACACACCCAUCACCCUCUCAAUCGCAAAGCGUUUCAACUUCACUGGCUCCGCUUCCCUGUUGGAGCGCGACCAGGCUCGCGUGAAGGGACUUCGGCGGUUGGCUCAAGCCAAGACCAGCGGGAAGUUGAACGAAGAUGCGGUUAUCUCUACCCCUGCGACUAACCAGGCUGUUGGCUAUGUAGUCAAUGUUGACGUUGGGUCACCAGCUACCACCUACGAGCUCUUGGUCGACACCGGUAGCUCGAAUACCUGGGUUGGUGCUGGCAAGGUAUACGUUCGCACUGGUACUUCCACCCAAACAAAUGACCGUGUUUCUGUAACAUACGGCUCAGGGUCUUUCUCUGGAACGGAGUUCACCGACACGGUGUCGCUUGGUAGUAGUCUGACAAUCCAACGUCAAUCUAUCGGUGUUGCCUCCCGAUCACAGGGUUUCAAUGGCGUCGAUGGUAUCCUUGGUAUUGGUCCUGUUGAUCUGACCACCGGCACCCUUUCACCUGAUACUAGCAGCACGGUCCCUACCGUCACCGACAACCUGUUCUCUCAAGGUGUAAUCACUUCGAACUUGGUGGCUGUAUCGUUCGAGCCAACGACAUCCCUCUCGUCUACAAAUGGCGAGUUAACCUUCGGUGGUACCGAUUCUUCGAAGUUCACUGGUUCUAUCUCCUUCGCUCCAAUCACCAACACAUUCCCCGCUUCUGACUUCUGGGGUAUCGACCAGACCAUCCUCUAUGGUGAAUCUGAAUAUAUCCUGAGCAGCAGCACCGGUAUCGUUGAUACUGGUACCACUCUCACUUUGCUCGCUUCUGACGGAUUCGAACGGUACCAAAUCGCGACUGGAGCGGUCCUCGAUGAUGACGCCACCGGUUUGCUCCGUCUUACGCCCGCACAGUUCGCCAAUCUUCAAAGCUUGUUCUUCACCGUCAAUGGUGCAACUUUCGAGCUUACUGCCAAUGCUCAGGCGUGGCCUCGUUCUCUCAAUACUGCCAUUGGCGGAGAUUCCGACAGCAUAUAUCUUAUUGUUGGAGACCUUGGUACCAAUUCGGGUGAAGGUCUCGACUUCGUCAACGGUUUGACCUUCCUCGAGCGCUUUUACUCCGUCUUCGAUACCGCCAACCGCCGCGUUGGCCUUGCCACCACUUCUUUCACUCAUGCAACCACGAACUGAGGGAUCGACUGCCAUGAUGUGGAAUCAAACGAGGCGAUCUUGGUCUAUUCUAUUGCUGAGUUGUUGUGACGGAUAGUGUUUUACUUUGCCAUCUUCUGCUUGACUGAAUAUCCCACAAUCAUUACUGACACAUUCGUUCUUUGCUAUUACUGACACACUCCUUGCUGUUGAAAUACUUACACAUUUUUAAUACACUUGACUCAGAGUCCCUCAUUGGUGCUCAGCUUCAGAUAUCACUGUGUCUCAGAUCACCGAAGCACCUGAAAGGCGGGCCGACCUUAUUAGAUACUU